AUGCGCCUCUACCUUUGCCUUUUUGGCCUUCUGGCCUGCGUCGUCUGCUGUGUGCUGUUUCUCAUGUACCAGACGGAGAUGGUUAUUCAUGACCAUGGGUACCCUGUAAGCACCAUACUAGAGGUUCACAACACCUCAUCCUAUGGACGGGAACGGGAAUCCUCUCCCUCAAGCAUAGCAGUACGCCGUGACUUCACAUCCGAUGGACGGGAAUCCUCUCCCUCACACAUAGCAGUACGCCGUGACUUCACAUGCUAUCCUGCCAAUCCAGUGCCGGCAUUCCUACCCAAGUCACAUCAAGAAUUCAUCCGCUACAAACACUGCCGGGAGUACCCCAUCCUGCUGAGCCCUUCGCCCUGCGGGGAAGACGUCUACCUCCUCUUGGUGGUCAAGUCCUUGGCCAAACAGGUGGACCGGCGCGCUGCCCUGCGGGACACAUGGGCCAGAGAGGGCCUCGUUAGAGGUCGUCGGGUCAAGCUGAUCUUCCUGCUGGGCCGCUCCGUGGACAUCAGGGAGGAUAACAACACACAGGACAUGCUGCGGUCGGAGAGCCUGCACUACGGGGACAUCUUGCAGUGGGACUUUGCAGAUACGUUCUUCAACCUCACCCUCAAGGAGGUCGGCUUCCUUCGCUGGUUCUCUGAGUCAUGCAGCCAUAGCAACGGCGGUGGCAGUGGUGGCCCGCAGUUUGUGUUCAAGGGGGACGACGAUGUCUUUGUGAACACAGCCAAUCUGAUCAGGUUUUUGAAGGGACGCAAUCCUGAUGUGCACCUUUUCACAGGGGAUAUCAUCCCAUACGCCAGGCCUAUUCGGAACCGGCAUAAGAAGUACUUUAUUUCUUGGUACAUAUACGGUGAUAAUCCCUAUCCACCAUAUGCGGGAGGAGGUGGUUAUCUGAUGUCAAGGACCACUGUCUUUGGCCUGAAUGAAGCAGCCAAAAGCACUGAGCUCUUCCCAAUUGACGAUGUGUAUACAGGCUUCUGCCUCAAGAAAAUGGGUGUGAGGCCUAGACGGCAUCCAGGCUUUCUGACGUUUGGGUUUAGACGUGGCCCCAAGCAGCGUCUUAACCCCUGUGCUUACCGAGGCAUCAUGUUGGUGCACAAGCUGAACCCAGUAGAGCUGAGGGCCAUGUGGCCCCAGGUGAAUAAUGGCACCAUUCGCUGCUGACGCAAAAUGUCUAUAAGACACUUUA